AUGGCUCAGUCUUACCACAUUUCUUCUCCCAUCACAGGCAUUAGUCCUAUAGAACCUAGUAAUUGUUGCUCCGACCUGGCUGCACUCGAUAUCACUCCGAAGGGGUCGAUCGAGGGAACACACGCAGCGAGGUCGGAGCGCAAGAAGGUGAUUGUGGUGGGCGCUGGUAUUUCUGGCUUACAUGCCGCAGCGGUCCUGUACCGCCACGGUUGUGAAGUGGUGGUACUAGAAGCACGCGAUCGCAUUGGUGGAAGAAUCCAGACCACUAGAAAGGGCGACCAUGUCCGAGAUAUCGGCGCCGCUUGGAUGCAUGAAACUUCCCAGAAUAGCCUGGUGAAACUCAUUCCAAAGCUAUCUAUCCCGUAUUAUUAUGACGAUGGCCUUCCUUUGUACUUCACCAGAGAAGGUCGAGCUGGAUCCCAGUUCAAAGCUAAGAAAGUCGCGGACGAGUUCGCGGAUUAUUGCGAGUGGUUUUACGAAACUAACCCGGACGCCGAGGACCGUCCUGUGCACGAAUUCGCGACGGAAUUCGUCCUACAACACCAGCUCAUCACUGAAGAUGAGAGGGAGUGGGCUCCUCAGGCUGUUCGUGAGGUGGAAUUGUGGAUCGGAACUAGUACGGACCAAGCAUCGUCUAAACAUCUGUCUUAUUUCAUCACUGAGCGCAAUCUAUAUAUGAAGGGUGGAUAUGAUCGGAUCGUGAACUGGACUGCGGAGACGCUCCGAAGCGAUCCAAGCAUCAUCCGACUCAAUCACCACGUCGAAGACGUGGAGUGGAACGAAGACGAGACCUCGCCCGCUCGAAUCCGGUAUAAGGAUGCUGCUGGAGAAGUCGGGUUCAUCGGGGGAGAUGCAGUUAUCAUGACCACCCCGCUGGGGGUGUAUCACCACAACCUGAUUUCAUUCAACCCGCCCUUACCGAGUGACAUACAAGAGGGCAUGUCCAGGGUCAGCUACGGUGCCUUGGGCAAAGUGUUUUUCGAGUUCGCCGAAGUCUUCUGGUCAAAAGACAACGACCAGUUCGUUUUCUACCCAUCGCCAGAGGAAUCGGAUGCUUCGUCCGGGUCAUCUGUGCAGUCCACCCCGAGCAUAAACUCUAUCGUGGAGAAAGAUAACAUCCUCAACUACGCCACCGUGACAAUUAAUCUGUGGAUUAUGACGGGCGGCAAAGAGCUGUGUGUUCAGAUUGCAGAGCCUCUGACGCAGCGCAUCGAGAACAUGAAAGAUCAGAAGGAGAUAUACCUAUUUUUUGAACCGCUUUUCAAAUUAUUCCGUACAGAACCGUACAAGGCUUUGCCUCGUCUGAUUAAUGUUGAGACUACACAUUGGACCCAGGACCCGCUGGCUGGGUAUGGGACCUACUCCGCUGACAAAGUUGGGGAUGAACCGCAACUGCUAGUUGAUGCGUUGGAAAACCAUAAAUCUAGUCGCUUGCAGUUUGCUGGUGAGCAUUGUACUAUUGUUGGUAAUGGCUGCGUGCAUGGUGCUUUCAAGUCGGGUGAAACUGCCGCAAUUAAUCUGCUUAAGGGCUUUGGCAUUCUAUAUGAUGGUGUUGAUGUCAUCAGUUCGAGAUGA